GACGUUCCUGAGGCGUCGUCGCAGUGCCGCCGUCGCGAGGGCACCUCACACCGAGGCCGCUAUCACAGCAGAGGGAGGGGACUCUCAAAUUGAUGAGGAGGAGGUGGAGGUGGAGUCUGAGACGGAGCGUGAAUGUAGCGUACUAAUAUUGGCUAUGGAGCCCUUGAGUUUGUCCACCAUGGAUGCGAAAUCAAGAGGAAGUCGCGACAGGAGCCAGUAGAGGGAGAGGGAGGGAGACGCGGGGAUCGAGUGCUUCAACGGCGGUCUUGGACGCGGUUGGAGAGAGCCGUUGGAACAGGCGGAUUUUAUGGCAUCCACCAUGACUGUCUCCACCGCUGCGCCCCCUCCAUCGCCGUCGCCAACGCGGUAGCCAUCCUCCUGCGUGACCACCACGAGCCCGCCUCGGAGAUUUUGGAUAGUCCCGAUUUUAGUGCUGCAGGGGGGGGGGGGGUUGCUGCUGAGCACCACUCAAGGUGUAUGUACGUUUUUUGUGGUCUGCGUUGUCAACGAGGCGGAGAGGCACUCUUCGAAAGUGCUCCUCCUGCACCUUUUCUAAUUUUAUUUUAACUUCUUUUCUCCUCCCUCCCUACUCGUGUCGAUUCUUGUACUUGUGGAGUCGGUGAGAGGGAUAGUGUCGGUUGCGAAGGGUCGAGGAAACCUUUGCUGGUGACGGCGAGUGCAUGACAUCAAUAACUUCACUGCACUUGCGUGCAGCAUCAUCCUUAACCGUGGCCUUGAUUCUACGCCCCUGUAUGUGACAGAGUUUGUGUGACUUCAAGCACUUUCUGUGAACCACGAGUGUUGCUUAUCUCCCGCUCUUGCGUGGAGAUGGGGAUUCUGAUCGUUGAACAAGUUAGCAUUCAGGCAUGAGUGGCGUAUGAGAAAUAAGGGUUUGAUUUGGUGAAUAUUUGUCCUCUGGCUAUUUUAUAUAGGCAAUGGCUGCACAUUGUUGUGCACUGUCAGUGUAGGCAAUGCGGUGUUCGUGUAGCUGAUUACGGGACACUCCUCAGAAUGUGUACAUGUGGAUCGGGUUUUCUCAUUUGGGAUGCAGGAAUAUCUGAACUUUACGGGCCUCCAUCUGAGGCUAGUAUUUGAUAAGAGCCUAGAAGUUUACAGAUUUCUUCGCUGGAAUCUUAACCGCCCUGUUCCCGAGACCAUUCAACAUCCCGACUGGCAAGCAGUUUUUUUAUUUUAUUUAUUUAGCGUGGCCUACAAGGAAUGUAAAUCGGUAGCGAUUAGAUGCUAAGAUUUUGAUAGAAUCAUACGAUUUGUGUGAGAAUUAGCGUUUGGUAUCUACUCCACACCUUAUAUCACCAUGGCUGAGGGGACUGGUAUUUCUCCGCAGAGGAGAUUCAAAGGCAUGUAUUCUGAGUGUGCAGCGCGCUUACGUUCUCGGGAAUCCUUCAAGAAAGAAGCCAGUUUUCGGCACUAUUGGUCCACCGUGCAAUCUAUUUCCCGAGCUAUUUUAGUUUUAAUUUGCGUGAUUUUAGUCAUUUGUGCUCUGGGAUUCUCUUCGACAUCCAUUAUUCUUAGAAACGCCAACGAUUUUGGACGACAAUGCUUGCCCAAGAGAGGAAAUACGCCGGCAUACUUUCAACUACUGAAUUUCGCUAUGGUGACAUGUUCCGAUGGAUCGUCCACUAUUCCUGGGAGAUCUUUUGAGGGAGUGAUGGAAAUAGUUGCGCCAAACAAAGAGGCUUAUGUGGAAAGGCAUGGGUAUGACUUUAUCGAUGCAAGCAGCUUGUUGGAUUCUUCUCGACCUCCCAGCUGGAGCAAAAUUUUGGCUGUCAAGGAGCACCUCUCCCAGUAUGACUGGUUGUUUUGGAACGAUGCGGACUCUGCCGUGACAAAUCCUGACAUUAAGCUCGGGGACAUUGUUUUCUCAGCCGUUGGUGAUGUGAAGCCUGAAGAGAUGCCCGACUUCAUUGUGACUGAAGACGUAACCGGUGUCAAUGCAGGAAUGUUCUUCUUCCGAAACUCUGAUUGGAGUCGAGAGUUCCUUGAUCGUUGGUGGAAUCAGACAGAGUUCAUCCAACCUUUUGGUCAGUCGAAAAGUGGAGACAACACCGCUCUGAAGUACCUUCUCAAUGUAAUGGACAAGGGUGAAUUUAGUCGUCAUGUGCGAAUCCCUGACAUGCAGUGUCUCUUCAAUUCAAAUUUGUGGAGACCUUCGUGGCGUAGUUGUCAUCGACUGGUCACGUUAACGAAAGCGGUUUGGCGAGGCGUGUAUGCACGAGGGGACUUUAUGGUUCAUCUAGCUGGCUUAAACGACAAAUCCAGGUGGAUGAGAAAUGUUUUAUUUGAAGCAGAUUCAUGGAGGAAGCAAUUGAAUUUGAAUGAGAGAGUACAGACUGCGCAUGGAAUCUCGAGCUUUAGAAAAAAGCUUAGUUCUGCGCUUUCGGCGUAAACGAGGAAGGGUUUUACACUACAUUAUUCGUUGCGAAUGCCGCUAUUUCCGGGCAGGUCCAAGCGACAGAUCCAGCGGGCGGGGGGUUGCAAGCAUAUUCCAUGUCUCCAAUUUUCCGUGGGUUGGCCACGAAGACGCAACUCUGUUGAAAGGGAAGGAUAUAGGGGGCCAACUCUCAGGUCCUGGGAUGACUCAAUUAGUACAGUAGAAGGCCUUUAUCGAAGGACAAAUUCUUUGGUGAAAAUACAUUUCAGGAGAACUUUUACUGGUUUUUUCAAGUUUCGUUUACUCGUGACUAGUCCCAAUUAUUUCGUGCGUGGCUUUCAGCUGCACUGUUCCCAUCUGCAUGACUCGACUCUCAAGUCGUUUUGCUGGUCAAAGAUCGCUUAAUCAAGGUUUAUCAGAUUUUAUCUUUAUGGAAUCGCUGAAGUUGGUCAAAUCCUUGUCACAUCCUGGCUUAAGUAGGUACAUUAUAAUGGCAUAGAUUUGCCGCAGGUUCUAUAGAUUGCUCGUGCAUUUGCUCUACUUUGUGGUUAUUUCUUUGGAUUGCCUGCUGAUCUGCAACGCGUCUGGCCCUUGGAACUUGCACGAAAGCUACGAAUUUUGUUUUUUAAAGAGGUGCUUAGCUAUCAGCGUGGCCUGCAUCACUGUACAGUUCCAUGUACAACUCUCAAAAUAUCUUGACACCAGUUACGGCUUGAGACUCAAAUGCGCCACAUGUGACACUAGUGCACAUCCUGCAUCAAGUUGCAUCGGCAUCCGGGCCCCAUCUCAUUGGGUAUGAAUUCUACUUUUAAGGCCCACACUUGGGAACUGCAACUUUGUGUGACAUCGCAACAACAACAAUUCCCAGUAGUUUCCAAGCAGCUAUGGAGUUCUGUUCCCAGGAAUGGGCAGAGAAUCUGCAAGCUUCUGAAGCAGCAGUUCAGGAACUUUUCUAUGGGCUUGGGCCAGCUUCCUGUAUGGGGUGUGCUGGAUUGGCAGCAUUGAUGUAAAUCAUGCAGGGUGGUAAUUUGAUGCCACUUGCAGAGACCUUUUUUUGCCUUUCUUC